AUGCAAGUAUUUAGGGAGUACUUGCCAAGCAGUGUAUCUUCUUACAAAGAUGAAACAUCGGAAGAAAUGAUAUUAUGGAAUACACAAAUAACUCCGAUAUUAGAAACAUUAUUAACAUCUUAUGAACAAUGUAAUUUUGAUUUAUUUAAUCAUACAGCCGAUGAACUAUAUCAUGCUUUAAAUAUAAAUAAUUUAUUUUUAAAAAAAUGUAAACGACGAUCGGAUAUUUUAAAACUACUUUUUGGUUUUAUUGAAUGUGAUAAUUCUAUUAUUAAAUAUAAUGUAUCUCGGCUUAGUUUAGCGUUCCAAGUUAGUACUGCAAAUAAUUUAAAAAUUAUCGUUCGUUUAAUAUUUGAUUUAAGUGAAAAUUCGGAUAACGAUCAUUUUUUUCUAUCUAAUCUGUUAUUCGAUGCCAUUGAACGUAUUGAAAUUGUAAACAAUAUUGAUACAAUUGUCUAUUUUUGUUGUAUAUUAAAAAAUUUAACUACCACUGAUCAAUUAUUAGAAACUAUAUCAGAAAAAAAUGGAAUCACAUUACUUCAAAAUAUUUUUAAAAUGAUAUUGCAAUAUAAAGAUCAUGAGAAUGUCAAAAAUCAAAUUAGUCAUUGUUUAAUACAGAUAACAGCUACAUUAAGAAAUUUAGCUGAAAAAACAGAUAAUUGUAUUAAAUUUGGUGAAAAUGAUCUAAUUGAUUAUUUAGCACAAGUAUUAAAAUAUUUUACAAGUAUUGCUGAUUUAAUGAAAAAUGUGGCAAGAAUAUUGAGUAAAUUAACUCAACAUACUGAUAGUUGUUUAAAAUUAGUUCAAUGUCCAUCAUGUUAUAAAUCAUUUUUGAAAAUAUUAAUUAAACAUGAAAGUAAACAAGCAAUUAUUAUUCGUAUUUGCUUCAUACUCGGUAAUAUGUUAGCAAAAAGUGAUGAAGCUCGUAUUACAUUUAUGAAAGAAAAAUAUGCAUUAGAAACAUUAACAAAAUUAUUAUAUUUUUAUAUUGAAAUGGACUCAUUGAUAAUAAAAUCGGAAAAUAUUAAAAUUGAAACAACAACAGAAAUCGAUGAUGGUGAAGAAAAUACUGUAAAAUCAAUAGAAAAUGUUAUUAAUAAAGUGAUACGUGUACUAAGUAAUUUGGCUAUAUCCGAAGAAAAUGGUUUAAAAAUUAUUCGAAACGAUAAAUGCAUUAUGCCAUUAUUUAAUUUACUAGAUAUGUCAAAACAACAUAGUGAAGAAUUGAUUAUUCAUGUAUUAAUGGCAUUAAAUAAUUUAUCUUAUUAUGAUGAUAAUCAAAGUAUCAUUGUAAAAAAUGCUGAAAAAUUAACACAAUUAUUAUUAAAUUGUAUUCAUCAUUCUGAUAAAACAGAUUUUAUUAUAGAAGCAUUUCGUGUAUUAGGAAAUUUAUCUCGGAUGAAAAAUGUUCGUAAUGUAUUAAUGCAUUGCAAAGCUGAUGAUCUAGCAAUUGAGUAUUGUGAAUCGGAUAAUAUCGAAUUAUUAUACGCUGUUAUUGGAGUUAUUAUUAAUCUUACAGUAGAUGAGGAUAAACGUUCGUGUUUAAAGAUAAAUAAUGGAUUACAAAGUUUAAUAAGCAUAUUUGAAUGUUCAGUAAAUCAAGAUUGGCAAUUAGCUAGUUUAGUUUGCAAAGCGUUAUGGAAUUAUUGUGAUAAUGAAAAUAAAGUAUUAUGGUUUAAUAAUGAUGAAUUAGUAAAAUUAUUCACUAUAUUUAAUGAAACAUUACGUGAAGAUUUGUUAUUUGCAACGGAAGAAGAAGAAUUAGAUAAGAUAUAUUAUGAUUUAUAUAAAGAAGAGUAUUAUCCAGUAGCAUCACGUUUAUAUCGCCGUUUAGCUUAUCAAGCAAAUUAUACAGAACCAUUUGAAAUUGGACUUAUAUCUUAA